AAAAAAAACUAAAAAAGAUAAUGAAGACCGCAAUGAGAAUCCUCUAAAUUAUGGGCUUGGCUGCGAUUCUAGGAAUCGCAAUUGUGGAAGGAGCUGGAGGUGCAUGUGGGAAAUCUAGCCCGGACAAUGAAGCAAUGAAGCUAGCACCUUGUGCUAAUGCUGCUCAAGAUGAAAAAGCAGCCGUGUCAGAUAGUUGUUGCGCUCAAGUGAAAAUCAUUGGGCAAAACCCAAGCUGCCUUUGUGCCGUUAUGCUAUCUGAUACCGCUAAGAGCUCUGGUGUUGACCCUAAAAUUGCCCUGACCAUUCCUAAGCAAUGCAACUUUGCCCAUCGCCCCGUUGGCUACAAAUGUGGACCUUAUACUCUCCCAUGA